AAUAAAUAAAUUAGAAAACAAACAAACAAAAAAAACCCAGCAGAUAAUCAGUUUCAUUUUCUUCUGGAGACAUCCCUCCUGGAGCAUCUAUCUUUUGAUUCCAGGCUGGGUUGCUUGCUUUCUUCACCUGGAAACAUAGCUGAUGUCCCAGGUCUUUCUCAUCACCACUCUUCUGUGUUUAGUCUCACUUCUUUCUUAGUUUAGUUCCUUAUUUUUCUGAAGCACAUGCUCCAGUAGCUUCCUAAGAAAGAGUGUAUGCAAGGUCAAGUUUUUGAAACCUUGUUUGGCUUAAAAUGUCUUUAUUCUACCCUCAUACUUGAUAAUCGUUUAGACAGAUAUGUUACUAGGUUGUAAAUCAUUUUCCCUCAGAAUUUUGUGGGCAUUGCUUUAUUGCUCUGGGAAGACUCAGAAAAAGGCGAUCAAUGGAUGGUUCCAAGGGCUGGGGGCAUUGGCUCUAUGACUGUUGAGCUCACCACCACCAAAGAUGUCAAGGUCACCAGGCUUGAAUCUUUGAACAGAAUCCCCUGGAGGCAGAUAUGCAGCCGGACCCUUGCUCUGUCUCCUCCUCUCCUAGGGCCUGUAUGGUCACUGUCCCCCUACCCCUACCUCCAUCAGUUUUCCUUCGAAGUAUGAUAUGUGAACAAGGAUUAAGUUCUCUCAGUUAUGACCCAUUUCCACUCUUGCCUCUCAAGUCACUAAACUGAGCCUCUGUAACCAUUUACAGAUUAUUAGUGGAGAUAGGUUUCUUUUCCAGGUGACCAAUCCCUUCAUACAUGCUCAUUUUCCAUAAUUUCAUUCUUGGAGGGUGACCGUAAUCUCCAAUUUUGGGGUUACUAUGUUGUAGCCCUCUUACAGUCAUUCUCUGUGCCAUUUCUGGAAUGCCAGUAUCCAGAACACCUCCCACAAACAACAAUGCUUCAAACAGCUAAACAGCCCCUUCCUGCCCCACCCCCAUUUAGUAGGUCAUGUGGGGGGAGCCCUGCCCCAGAAAGCCUCUGGUUGCUUCCUGGCAGAGUCUAUCUCUGCAUUCCAGGACUGCAGUUCUGAAAAAUCCCCCACAGGGGAUUCCCCCACAGGAGCCCACAGGCCUCACCCUACUUUCAGGGGAGAGAGCUGGGGACAGACAGAUCGAGUGACUUGCCCCUGGACACCCAGUCCUGGGAACCCGAGAGACAAGCAGCCCUUCAUCCUGUGGUAAGCUGCCCAGGUGGUGAUGGGGUUAUAAUGCCUUCCUGGCAACUCAAAUCCCCACCGGAGGGCCCUAGGGCGGAGAAUUAGCAAAGACAAGAGGAUUAGUCUUAGCGCUCAAAAGUCAGACCUCCCUUUGGCUAAACUCUGCCUAAGCUACCCGCUACUUAUGAGGCCAGAACCAGCAUUAGCCUGCUCCUUACCCCAGGUCCCCACCUGGCAGUAGGUCACAAUGCUCCAGCCGCCCAACCCACCAGAAUGGCUGACUGAAGUGGGAGGGGGUGAGGAGGGUUUGGUGGGUGGGUGCGUGGGGAGGGGGAGAUUUCUAAGGAGCCCAGCUCCCCACUGCCUGAGCUCACCCUUGAGUGUCUGCCAGGGCCCCACCCCCUCCCAUGGUCCUCCCCCCAAUACUCCUUCCCAGCCCUAGUCCUUCGUGUAACCUCCACCUCCCUCCAUGACCCGCCUCUGCUUACCCAGGCCCGAAGCCCUUGCUUAUCCUUUCCCAGUCCCUUCCAGGGGCGUGGGUGGGGAGGGAUCGGGUAGCCCAGUGGGUCCAUGUGUGUCCCCCUGGGGCCCUAGCCAGGCCCAGGUCCUGGACAGUGUCCUAGGGCUGGGGGCACUGGGGCUGACAGUUCGGGCAGUCUUUUCCACAGCUGGCUCAGCCUCGCUGCUGCUGCUACUGGUCAGCUUACUGGCCUUCGACCUGCUCCACCAGCCUGCAGGUCCCACCUGGCCACAGCACACACAUCUCACAGGGGGCCAGAGUCAGGGGGCCGGCGAGGGUCCAGGGCAGCAGGAGGCUCCACUCCUGCCCACAGUGGCAGCCACAGGAUGACUCAGCCUCCAGGAGGCUCUGCUGCUGCUGCUCCUGGGCCUGGGGCUACUUCUGGGAGCCCGCGGCAUGCCCUUGGCACUGCUUGCCCUGGCUUUCUGCCUCCAUCCUUGGGCCUGAAUGCCCUCCGGAAAUACACUGACCGUGCUGUU